AGUCCCGCCCUCCUGCUUCCGUCGGAUUCACAACAUCCAACAUGUCCGCCGCCAGAGCUUCCCUCGUUUCGUACGGCAGCGAUUCUGAUUCGGAGAAUGAGUCGGAAGUUAAUACCGGUGUCGAGAAAGUGGACCAGGUGGACCCAGAUGCCACGGCUCACCUAAAAUCUUUGAAGUCUGGAAACAAGAUGUCUUUGGCUGUUCUCAAUUCUGCUCCCGAGGUCGCCGUUAAAGAGGCUGUCGAGACUGGCACACAUCUGGACCCUUCGUUGAAAGAAGUCACUUAUAACCCGACAUAUGAAACCAUGUUUGCACCAGAGUUUGGCCCAGUGAACCCAUUUAAAACCCAGCAGAUGGCUGCCCCCAGGAACAUGUUGUCUGGCUAUGCAGAACCUGCUCAUGUCAACGACUUUAUGUUUGAACAGCAAAGGAGGACCUUCUCAACCUAUGGUUAUGCUUUAGAUCCCUCUGUUGACACACACCAUGUAUCCUCUAAUAGCUUCAUUGGUGCAGUAGAUGAAGCUGAGAAAAAUAAAGGAUUAACUGUAUUUGAGAGUGGAUAUAAGAAGUCAGAGAAAAGGAAAAAGGUCAAAGGUGGAGAUGCAGGAGAGAUUGACAACUUCCUUGGACCAUGGGCAAAAUAUGUAGAUGAGAAAGAUAUGGCCAAACCAUCAGAGGAAGAGCAGAAAGAGUUGGAUGAAAUCAUGGCCAAGAGACAGAAGAAGGGAAGGAAUGAGGAGGAGGCUCCAGCGGAGGAGAAGACCAUUCUCCACGUUAAAGACAUGUAUGAUUACCAGGGCAGGUCCUACCUCCACGUCCCACAGGAUGUUGGCAUCAACUUGCGUUCUGCGGAUGUUCCGGACAAGUGUUACCUGCCUAAGAAACAGAUUCAUGUCUGGUCUGGACACACCAAGGGUGUCAGUGCUAUUCGACUAUUUCCUAGCUCCGGCCAUCUACUGCUCUCCUGCUCCAUGGACUGUAAAAUCAAGCUAUGGGAAGUGUACGGCGAGAGGAGGUGUAUACGGACGUUUAUUGGCCACAGCAAAGCAGUACGAGACAUUUGCUUCAACAACAGCGGAACCCAGUUCCUCAGCGCUGCCUAUGACCGCUACCUUAAACUCUGGGACUCUGAGACAGGCCAAUGUAUUUCCCGCUUCACCAACAGAAAGGUACCGUACUGCGUCAAGUUCAACCCAGAUGAGGACAAACAGAACCUUUUCGUGGCCGGCAUGUCAGAUAAGAAGAUUGUUCAGUGGGAUAUCAGGACAAGUGAGGUGGUUCAAGAGUAUGACCGUCACCUGGGAGCCGUCAACACCAUCACCUUUGUUGAUGAGAAUCGUCGGUUUGUCAGCACGUCGGACGACAAGAGUCUUCGAGUUUGGGAGUGGGACAUCCCUGUGGACUUCAAGUAUAUCGCUGAGCCCAGUAUGCACUCCAUGCCAGCUGUGACACUCUCUCCCAAUGGUAAAUGGCUAGCAUGCCAGUCCAUGGACAACCAAAUUCUUAUAUUUGGAGCCCAAAACCGCUUCAGACUGAACAAGAAGAAGGUCUUCAAGGGCCACAUGGUGGCUGGCUAUGCCUGCCAAGUGGACUUCUCCCCAGACAUGAGCUAUGUGGUGUCAGGAGAUGCAGAUGGAAAGCUGAACAUUUGGGAUUGGAAGACCACCAAGCUUUACCACAGGAUCAAGGCUCAUGACAAGGUUUGCAUCAGUGCCCUGUGGCAUCCGCACGAAACCUCCAAGGUUAUCACCUGCGGCUGGGAUGGACAAAUCAAACUCUGGGACUAGGAAAUGUUAGGGUGUGUGUAUUUUGGGGGAAGGGGGUCUGGGAAAUGAUGGGCAAAACUGAACUGGUUCACUAAAAAGACAGAAACGGUUUGUUUGUCCCAUGGAUUUUGUGACCAUUUUUGAGUAAAAGCCACAGGACUGGUAUCCAGUCUUAUUGUAGCUGUGUAUUUUUGUAUCCUGUCAUGAGAGCUCAAAAUAUGAACUCAUGUAAUAUCUGUACAAAGAUGAACACAAGCAUACUUUCAAAAAUAGUUUCUGCUGCAAAAGCCAUAUUAGAAGGCUAUUUUGGCUUUUUUUUUUUUUUUUU